AUGGCCGCCAUUGCCAAGUCUCUUAUUGUCAUCAUUGCUCUCUUCAGUCUCAUUAGCCAAGGAUUAUGCAUUACUUGCACUAAUAACGACAUUAAGAUCGAAACUACAAAAAGUGGUAAGGUGGUUCAAGGCAAACCUGAAUGGAAUGUGGUGGUGACCAAUACCUGCAAGUGUGCUCAAUUCAAUAUCAAAGUGACCUGCAAGGCAUUUCAGACUGUAGAGCCAGUGAGUUCUGAUAUCCUAUCGCAGCAAGAUAUCAUCACCUAUCUGCUCAUCAAGGGCGCCCAAUUAUCAUCUGGUGCUACUGUCAAGUUUUCCUAUGCUUGGGAUUUCGCUUUCCGCAUAAAUCCUGCUAGCUCUUUUACUGUUCCUUGUUAA